AUGCAGCAGCCCCUCGACACCAAGCACGAGCGCAAAGAGCCGCUCCUCCCGCUCCCCUCGCCCUCGUCCACCCACUCGUCCUCCCCACCUCGGCCCACCAGCUCGACCUCGCGCACCGUCUGGCUCCGCGCCGUCCUCGCCGUGCUCGCACUCGGGUCCCUCUACCUCCAGCUCGGCCCUCAAGCGCGCCCGCCGCGCCACGCAGCCCUCUCGCGCGACGCAGGGUACCUCGCCCGCCUCGGCACCGCACCGCGUGGUCACGGCUGCCCGCACCGCCACAAGCUCGCCGUCUUGAGCGACAGCGACAUCGUCGACACGCUCCUCGACGUCCCGACUGCCGCUGGCGCCAAGGCCGCCUCCAAGGGCUACACCAACCAGACGCACGUCGCCGGCACCGACGGCGACCACCGCAUCGCGCUCCUCCUCAAGUCGCAGUGGGAGACGCUCCUCGGCGCCGCUGCCGACCCGGACCACCACCGCGUGUACGACGCCGGCACGCUCGAGAGCCGUCGCGCGCUGACGGGCGACCCCCGCGUCUGGACCGACACGUACUACUCGCUCCUCAACUACCCGAUCUCGUCGUCCAUCUCGCUCUUCGCCUCGUCGACCGCGACCGAGCCGUCGUUCCGCGCCAAGCUGCGCGAGGACGCCUUCCCGGACGACGACCCGACGAGCGCAGACGGCGUCGGCAUCUGGCACGGCUUCUCGAAAAACGGCUCGGCGAGGGGCCAACUCGUGUACGCGUCCAAGGGCGCGAGGGAGGACUACGAGCUCCUCGAGAAGAACGGCAUCAACGUCAAGGGCGCCGUCGUCAUCGUCCAGUACGGCGGCUCGUUCCGCGGCCUCAAGGUCAAGGCGGCCGCCGAGGCGGGCGCGAGCGCGUGCAUCAUCUACACCGACCUGAUCGAGGACGGCGACGUCGUCGUGUCCAACAACUACUCGUCGUACCCUCACGGCCCUGCUCGCGCCCCGAGCAGCGUCCAGCGCGGCUCGGCCCAGUACCUGAGCCUGUACCCGGGCGACCCGCUCACGCCGGGCUCGCCGUCGUACAACCCUGCGCUGCCCGGCGCGCCCGACCGGCUCCCGCGCGACGACCCGACGAUCAACGUGCCGAGCAUCCCGAGCCUGCCGCUCAGCUACGAGGACGCCGUGCCGCUGCUGCGCAGCCUGAACGGGCGCGGGGUGCGGCUCGAGGAUGGGAGGGAGGGCAAGCCGCAAGGGUGGAGGGAGGGCGGGCUCGGCGGGUUCGGCGUCGAGUACUGGACGGGCGACGGCGAGGUCGAGGUCGAGCUCGUCAACGUCGUCGAGGACAAGAUCACGCCCAUCUGGAACACGUACGCGCUCAUUCCAGGCCACGUCUCGGACGAGGUCGUCGUCCUCGGCAACCACCACGACGCCUGGACAUUCGGCGCCGCCGACCCGUCGAGCGGCACGGCCUCGGUGCACGAGACGGUCCGAGCGCUCGGCGCCCUCCUCGACAAGGGCUGGAAGCCUCUGCGCACGAUCCUGCUCGCCGCCUGGGACGCCGAGGAGUACGGCCUCAUCGGCUCGACCGAGUUUGGCGAGGACUUUCCCGAGUGGCUGCAGGAGCACGUCGUCGCCUACCUCAACGUCGAUGUUAGCGUCUCGGGCUCGCAGUACCAGCUCGGCGCGUCGCCGUCGCUCGCCGACCUGCUCCGCAACGUCAGCGCCCAGGUGCCCGACCCGGACAACGAGGGCAAGACGCUCGCCGACCGGUACGGCGGCGACCUGCACGUCGGGCCUCUCGGGAGCGGCAGCGACUUUACCGUCUUCCUGCAGCGCCUCGGACUCGCCUCGGCCAACUUUGGCAUGGCGCGCGGCAAGAGUGACCCUGUCUACAUGUACCACAGCAACUACGACGACUAUGCGUGGCAGUCCAAGUACGGCGACCCGUCGUUCGAGCGCCACCGCGCCGUCUCGCGCGUCCUUGGCUUGACGGCGGUGCGGCUCGCCGACGAUGCCGUGCUCCCGAUCAACACGACCGCAUACGCCGUCGAGCUCGGCAAGUACCUCGACAAGGUCGCCGCGCAUCCUCUCGCCGCCCAGCUCGACCUGUCGACGCUCUACACCCUCGCCGACAAGAUCCAGAGGGCGUCGACGACGCUCCUCGCGCACGGCGCACACCUCGCGUCGCAGCUCACGGCCGCCGGCGACGAGCGCUCGGCGCACAAGGCGGCGCACGGCCUGCGCAAGGUCAACGCCGCGCUGCGCGGGUUCGAGCGCGGCUUCCUCGGCGACGAGGAGGGCCUGCAGGGGCGCGAGUGGUACCGCCACCUCGGCGUGGCGCCCGGGCGGUGGCUCGGGUACGGCGCGACGACGCUGCCUGGCCUCGCCGAAGCGCUCACGCUCGACGGCGACGUCGACCGCGCCAAGGUCGAGGUCGAGCGCCUCGAGAAGGCGUUCAAGACAAUCCUGCGCGGGCUCGAGAAGGGGGCGCGCAAGCACUGA